AUGCUUCGAGGAAUUGUCAUCAAUUUUGGAACAAUGAGGUUGUCGUUGUUAAUUGGUUUGUGUGUUCUGGCCUUCUUGGGCGGUAAGGUUUCAACAUUGUAAUUUUUAAAUUAUCUCUACAGCAGAGGGACACAAGCAUCGUGGAUCUCGGCCUCCGCCACCAUCCGGUUCUCCUCCCUCUCCUCCUCCAGGCUUCAGCGGACCUCCUCCACAUCACCGCGAGGUAAGGGACGUUCAUGUUCAUCACCCACACCCACAUCCAUCUGGUUCCCCACCAUCUCCUCCACCAGGCUUCACUGGAUCCCCGCCCCCGCACCACGGUCACCGUAAGCCCAGAAGUGCUCAUCGUCGUCAUCGGCACCGUCCUUCCGGCCAUUCCCACUCUCCCCCUCCUUUCUCCACGUCUCCUUCACCAAGCUUGGAGUAG